AUGAGCUCCAACCUGUCCGUGCCCGAGCAGAUCCGCCAGCUCAAUGACGCGAGAAAGCUGGUUCUGGGGGAUGUCAAGUACUACCCUAAUGUGGUCAGAGGCCUUCUUCCAAUCAUUGGACCCAAUGCGCAUAUCGAAUUGCGACGAUGGGGAGCGGAAUUCCUGGCCGAGGCCUUUUCAACGCCUGCACUCCCCAACGGAGAGAAGGAAACGAUGCAGCUCUAUGUUCUGGCAACGGUAGAGUCUCUUUUACAGAAUGAGAGAGAAGACCCGCAAGUGCUGCGGAGUGUUAUUCUGGCGGCGGCGAGCAUUUAUCCGCUCGCUUUGCGGUGGAUUAUAAAUAACGGAUACGACACGGUUACGUGGGAUAAGAUGUUGAGCAUCAAGCAGAAAAUAUUGCGAGUGUGGGAGGAUGCUGUCCCAACAGUAAGGAUUAGCUGCAUUAAGUUCGCCCAGAGGGUGGUUCUUGCGCAGACUGUCUCAACGGGGGCAGAGUUUCGACACGCUGGCACUCUUGACGUCUCACUGGACAAGGUUCCUCCCAGUCAUCAGUCACUCGAUCCUAGAAACCUCGAGGCUGAAGCGUCAGGUCUUCUAGAUCGCAUACUCGGCGUUUUACAGGAGAGCACCGAUGCUCUUGUUAUUGAUGCGACGCUAAACAGCCUGUCAAUUCUCGUACGGACCAGACCCACGACGUCAAGCCGAAUUAUCAACGCAUUACUUGGCUUCAACCCUCUUCAAUUGGCCAACUCGCCCUUGACGCCGAGAAGUAAAGUCAUGAUCAAGUCCAUGGAGAAGACCGCCAGAUUACUGCUGCUCCAUCUCACUAAGCGAGAUCCCCACAACCCUAUUGUACCAAGAAUACACCAGCAUGUUGAACGUACGAUGCACAUGGUAAUGGAGGUUCUGGACGAUUCCGGUAGGAACCGGCCACUGGAAGCGCAACAGCACGAUGGCUUGGACGCCAAACGCCAGCAAGUAACCGAGUCUUAUGUACCACGAAUUCCGUCCCUCGGCUCUGGGCCACACAGCUUGGCUGAUGUCUUUACUCUUGUCGGCCAUGACGGUCUGAAGUCAUUCGACUUGUCACAAGUCCCAGCGGCCUUGGUAGCGAAAGUCGCGGUCACAGCACUGUCACGUCUAGACCCUCAAUUACUGUUAAAGGCUGUUGACGGAGUGCGCGGACGGCUCACUACCCUUGCUAAUGCACCUGCUCCGGAACUGAACCCCAAUACUGCACCUCUUGGUGUUGACGACGACGACGACGACGACUAUGAACCCGAUUUCUAUCAGGCAGAAGAUACAGAGCAAAUUCUGAACAAGCUAGACGGAGCAUCACCGUCCCUUCCCACUGAGCUGACAGCUCUGGACAGUACACUGGCACUCACAUCUUUCAGCUUGCCUCAGCCUCCUCAACUUACACCAGAGAUGGCGCUUAGCGCCGGAAGUGGAACAGUAGCAAAGGUGGUCGAACUGAUGAAGUCAUUGGACGAGCCCGCGGCAAAGAAGAACAAGGCUGGGUUUAUCCGCCUGGCAGCAAGCUCAGGGAGCAAGGACGCUUGGAUGACGAUACUGACUCGACUUGCCACACGGUCCACCACUGGAUUAGAUGAAGUCUCGGUCAAGGGUGAAGGAGAGGAAUCGUCGCGGCAGCCGACUCUGAGCAACACUAUUCGCGAAGUUAUAUACAACUACGUUAUGGAGGAUUUCCGAAAACAUAUUGAUGUCGCCGUGUCAUGGCUCUGCGAGGAAUGGUACAAUGACAAAAUGCAAUCUCGACUGGGGGGCGAUUAUCCCAAGAACUACGACAAAAAUACAUUGCGCCUGAUAAACGGAUUUCUUCCCUAUCUACAUCCGCAAGAUAAAGUUUUGACGAGGUUUCUGAGCGAAAUUCCAGAGUUGAAUCGCGCCAUGCUGUCGAGAGUCAAAGACAUGUGCCGGGACCCUAGCGUUACGCAAUUAGCUUUGACGAGUUUGCUGUAUUUGGCCAUGAUGCGGCCACCUGUGAAAGAAAUGGCUCUCGAUACUGUUCAAGACAUCUGGACAGAGUUUGAGGAUGCCAGGCCAAUCGCGGGCAAGUACCUGUCCAAGUAUCGCCCUGGAUUCGUGGAGGCGGCCGAAGCCAAGACGACCAGAGACGGUGCUGGUGCUGGCUUGGAAUUUUCAGGAACAGCGAUUGCGACUUGA